AUGCGCUGUUGGAAAAUGAUGGCAGUCUUCCUGCUCUGCUCGCUGCUGCUCAGCCAGACGCACUGUGCUUCCUUGCACCCCCGACUGACGAGGCAGAGGCGGAUGACACCUUUCUGGAGAGGAGUCUCGCUGAGACCCAUCGGAGCCUCGUGCAGGGAUAACAGCGAAUGCAUUACCAUGCUGUGCAGGAAGAACCGCUGUUUCCUUCGAACAGCCUCCGAGUGA